GUUGACGUGCGUAUUUGCAAGCAUCGCAGACUGAAAGGCAACAUUUCUUUGUGUUCCACAUUCGUAUGGUCUGUCCAAAUGUUUGAGAUCAUAACUUCGUUACUUUUUAAUUUACUAGCUCUUACCCUGGCAGGCUACAGCUAUGAAGUGUCUCGCCAGGUCAAGUAUGUAGGCUGCAUGGGAAGAACUGACAAUACUAGAGAUUUCUACAAAGCUACCAUUUCAAAUCAAGCAGGGAAACCAAUUCCCGCAGAUGUUUCUUCGUGCGUCAAACAAUGUUGGCUACUUAGGAACAAAGUGGCUGGACUUCUGAAAGGAACGAUGUGUUUCUGUGCCAAGUCAGAACUGACAGUUGUCCACGUGCCGGAGGAUGAAUGCAACAUGAGGUGUAAGGGCAACUGUUACCAGACAUGCGGAGGGGACAAAGUUCUGUCAGUGUACCAAACAG